AUGCAAGCCCUUGAUCUUGCAUGUAACUCUUCCCUAGACCCGUCUGCAACCGAUCGGACCACCAUGUCCGAGGCCUCAUCUCCGAUCCGCUCAUCGGAAAACCCUGACAACCCGAAUACCCAUGUGAAAAACAACUGUGUUGAGAACAUCAAGGAAGGUAAUGUUAACAAUAGUAGUAGAAGUAAUAAUGAUAAUAAUGUAGAGGUCAGGAGGGAGAGGCCGUCCAGGGCAUGUACACAGAGGGCGGCAGCCAGGUUGCAGGCGGCGGCAGAGGCGGAGGCAGUGAUGGCUGAGGCGGAGAGGAAGCGAAAGAAGACCAAGAGGAGGGAGAGGUUGGCGGCCCGGCUUCUGAAGGAGUCGUCUGAGGAGGAGGAGGGGGUCAGGCAGGAGGGGGAGGGGGAGGAGCAGGUUGGAGAGGAGAAUGGUACCCUCUCGUCGCCGUUGCAACAAUGUAGUAAAAUAGUGACCCCACUGUUGGGGGAGCCGGAGCCCUCACAGUUACCGCGAUGGACCAUUCGAUCCAUGUGGCAGUUGGCUUCUAUACUCAAUUUCUUGAAUGUAUUUAGGCAUUUGUUGAAUAUUAAAGUGGAGUUUUCUGCUGAAGAGUUUGAGACUGCUUUGAUUAUGCCUAAUAAUACUUUGGGGGAUAUACAUAUGCCAUUGUUGAAGGCAAUUCCUCCUGUCACAAGAAUGGCGCUGGGACAUGGUACUUGGAUAACUGUUUUAUGCAGAAAACUGAGAGAUUGGUGGCAUUGGGUUGCAGAGGGAGAUAUACCUAUAGUUGCAUCACACGGGGCUGAAAUUGAAGCAUACAAUGCACUUGACCCCGGCGUUCGUGUGGUGAUUCUGAAAGCAUUAUGUGAUAUUCGCGUUGAGCAAGAAGAUAUUAGGAGCUUUAUAGAUGACUCAAUAAAACAUGGUGUGCCGCAUUCAGUAUUUCGCAAAGAACGCCUCGGGGGUGAUUCACACGGAAUCUCGUAUUGGUAUGAAGAUGAUCCUAUCAUUGGCCAGCGCCUGUACCGAGAGAUUAGGAAAGUUGAGGUGAAGAAAGGAAAAGGAAAGAGCAUACCCCCCAUUCCUCCUUCAUGUUAUCAAUGGGAAGCAGUUGCUACUAAUUUAGAUGAAUUCCAAAAUGUUUCUGAGAAGCUCUUUUCAAGUAAAAAUAGAACAGAGGUUUCUGUUGGGAAGAAAUUGAAAAAAGACAUGCUUCCUGAAGUUGAGAAGGUCCACAAGAGAAAGGAGAGACUGUUAAAGAAGCAACAUAGACAAGCUCUUAUGCUUGAUAACCUGAUCAACAUUGAUGAUCUGGGUGCUGGUCGCUCCCUCCGUGAUAGAAAACCUGUCACCUAUACCUUUGAUGAUUAUGAUCGAUCCAUUAACGAGGCUAUCAAGGUCACCAAGAAGAAACAACCUUCACCGGAACCUUUUGACAGAAGAGAUCCUAAUGUGAAACAUGAAGUUUCUACAAAUGGCGGAUUGGUUGGUCCUUCACAAUAUUCUCGACAGGCCUCAUUCAGUUCUCUGUCUCCAAAAUCACCUGAUAAUGAUGAAUUUUAUGACGAUCAAGAAGCUGGAACAUUGGACUACAGUAAUCGUCGAAGGCAGAGGCCUCAGAGGUUGAAAGAGUUUGUUGAUGCUGUCUCAGAUAACGAGGUAGAUUCUGAUAGUGAUGAUGAUAUUGUUGGCGAAGUUGUAUAUGAUGAAGAAUAUCUAAGGAGACGGAAACGGAGGAAAAUGUCUAGCAGUUCAGAAGGAGAUGAAGAAUAUAUGGGGGAUGAAGAAAAUCCUGAAGAGGAGGAAGAAGAGGAGGAAGAUAUCUUGAGUACAAGUGAGGAGAGUGAUGAGCCCCAUAAAUAUAAAUACAAAACGUUGCCAUCUCGCACCAGGAGGGAAACCAAAUUGAGGUCAGUCGGUGAGCUACAGUCUGGUCUCAGACGCAGUAAAAGGGCAACCAGAACUCGUAUUGAUUAUAGACAGAUUGAGAUGUCUGAAUCAGAAACUGAAUCAAUGAAACCUGAGAAGUUGAAUGCAUUAGACGAGCACCCAUCCAUUAGUGAUAAUGAAGAGAUCUCGAUGGGAAGUCGAGAUUUAGAUUCGAGCAAUGAAAAGCUUGAGAUGCAAGUUGAUCAACCUACCAAGGAGCAUCCUGAGACAAAUGAUGAGCGAACGCAUCCACCAGAAAAAUCAAAUGAGACAGAUCAAGACAAAGUUGGUAUACAGAAAAAGCAUUUUCUUGAUCUCAAUGAGCUCGCUCCAGGAUCUGGCUUUGAUGAUAUUCCCAACUCUACGAAAGACGAAGAUAAAGACAAUUUCUAA